UCAAUAGUCAAUGUUUGUUUGGGAUUUGAGGUUAAGCUUAAAAGUGUGGAAAAAGUGUAGGUAAACUGAUUAAUCGACAUAUAAUUUAGGUCCAUAUACAUAAUUCGUUGAAUAUGUCUGUAACGACCAAGACUCUUUCAUCUUUAGUAGGCAUAUCUCCUUUGUUUUCAAGAAUUUUGUCAUCUUUACCUUCUCAAAAUUUUACCUACUCUUUUGCUUAUGGUUCUGGAGUUUUCAAACAGGAUGGUAUAAAAACAUCAAAGCCUAUGAUUGACAUGGUUUUUGUUGUCGAGGACGCUUUAAAGUUUCACUCAGAAAAUAUUCUCAUGAACCCUACCCACUACUCAGGACUUAGGUAUUUAGGACCAGGAUUUAUUUCAACUUUGCAAGAGCGGUGGGGAGCAAAUGUUUAUUUUAAUACAUUAAUACCAUUUGAAGACGUUACAAUAAAGUAUGGUGUUGUAUCUAGAACUGAUCUUGUAACAGACCUAUUAGACUGGAAUCAUAUAUAUUUGUCAGGAAGACUUCAUAAACCAGUAGAAACACUUCAACAAACAAGCAACUCAGAACUUCGGUCAGCUCUUCAGUUGAAUUUGCACAAUGCUUUACAUGCUGCAUUAAUUAUCCUACCUGAAAACUUCACAGAGCGAGCAUUGUACAAAACCAUCACAUCCUUGUCUUACACCGGUGAUUUCCGAAUGAUAAUAGGAGAAGACAAAGACAAAGUAAGCAACAUCGUUGACCCACAAAUAGAAUCUUUUCGAGUUUUGUAUGCUCCUGUUAUCAAAACUCUGCAUGACUUUGUUGACGUUCCACUUGAUCGUGGAUGUGAUGUGAACUGUAGUCAAGAUACAUUUCCAUCAGCAAAACUACACCAUCUGAACCAGCUCCCGAGAACUCCUCAGCGAGCGAUUGUAAGGUUUUGGAACAAACAAGCAGGUGGAAAAAGACAAGACACUGAAGAUGUUUUGCGAGCAGUAGCUCAUGAUCCAGACUGUGGUGAAAUUUUAAGAAUGUGCCUAAGCAAUAUUGUAUGGACUUCUAGCAUAACUCAGAGUUUGAAAGGGAUAUUUACAGCAGGUUUGUACAAAUCAGUUAGGUAUAGUGGAAGUAAACUCUAUAAAAUGGCCAAGUCAAUCAGUAAAAAGAAAAAUAUCAACUUACCAUAAAAUUGAGUUGUAUAGCCUUGCUUAAGUUACCGGUAUGCUGGGAGAUCUUUAUUUUUGCUCUGAGGAUUAGUAUUCAGCUCUCGUAAUAGUGAAUUUAUGAUGAUAAAUUUUAGUUUGUGUAAGUAGGCCUAGUUACUUGUAGAACCUUUUCAAACAAUUAUAUUUUUUUUUUAGAUUUAAAACCUGAUCCAUAAAAAUGUUUGUGAAAUCUUAAAAAUCCAGAGUCUGUGUUAAAGUAGACCUGCAUAGCAUUUGUUUGAAAACAAUUUAUUUUUAACAGUUACCUAAAAAAAAGAAGAAAUAUUUGAAUAACUGGACCUUUUCCGUUAAUUCACUUCCACUAGUUUUUAGAGCAAUAGAUCAUUAGCAAUUGAAGUGGUAGUGAAUUGAACUUUGGUUAGGUUAGGUUAGUAUCAAGUUUAGUAUAGAGUUAGAAAACCCCAACCUAACCUAACCAAAUUCCACUCAAGUGAAUUAACAGUAAAGGUCCCUAAAUUGUAUAUUGCAGUUUUGUUGACCUCAAAAACUGAUAUAGGCUACCAAAGUGAUCUCAAUGUUUUACGACCAUUAUUACCUAUCAAUAUUAAGUGUUUUUGGUUGAUUAACUUAUGAUCUAUUACUAAGUAAACUUAGUAUGCCCUAAAUUACUGUAAAAUGCACAUUAGGCCUACCGGUAUUCAGUAGGCUACGGUAUGUAACAAAAUCCCUUCCUAUUCGCCCGCUUGUCGAUUUAACUAUCUCGUUAAUCAUUUUUAAACCACCAUCAGUAAAACACUGCCUAAGGAUAUAAAACCUCAACAGAUUUAAUCGUAUUAUUUAUAGAACUGCAGAAAGUACCUAGCUCAAAAAUGUUCCUUUUUUUACACAGCACCAAAAGGCCAAAAUGUAGGACAUUAUUAUAUUUAAUAAAUGCAUUUGAAAGCCUAUCUGGGUUGUGUAGUGCUCGCCUUCAAAUCUGAAGGUCGCUGGUUUGAUUCCAAGCGACAUUGUUUCCAGACCGAGAUGGCAUUUAUUUGUUAUCGGGCUAUCAAUUAAUAUUAUGCUAUCCAAAAAUAGGUUGAUGUUAGAUGGUAACAAGAUCAGGGUUUGAACCGUUCCUUACCAGCGUUAAAAAUACAAAAUAAUACAAAAAUAAAAAAGAGUCAACUGAAGGUUUCUGUAUAUAGAUACAGUACCUACUAAUUUUCUUAAUUUUACUUCUACUGAAGUAAGUUAAGCUGAUACUUGAUAUUCCAUGUAUAUUGUAAUAAUGUAAUAAUUUGUAUACAACUAAUUUUUAAUGCCAAUAAUAAUCUG